AUGGCAUCGGAUGCAAUUGAAAAAGAUGCAUUCAAAACUCAUCUGGAUCCUGUUGAAUCUCAAAGCCCUAUGUCUGGCAACAUUGACGAUGAUCCAGUAUAUAAAUAUAAGGAACAGCGCAAGAUUAUUCACCGCGUCGAUAUGCGGUUGAUUCUCAUGCUUGGGUUCCUUCAUACUGUGUCGUUGAUCGAUCGGGGUAACCUUGGAACUGCUUCCAUUGCCGGGAUGGAAAAGGAACUCCAUCUCGUAGGCACGCAAUAUAGUUCUAUCGCUGUCGCCUUCUUUCCCCCUUAUAUUUGUCUGCAAUUGUUCGGUCCGGUGCUAGUUCGGAAGAUCGGACCCGUCAACUAUCUUUCUAGUGUCUGCUUCAUUUGGGGCGCCGUCAUGUUAUCCGCAGGUUUUAUCCAAAAGUGGACACAAAUGGUCGGCAUACGUAUCAUCAUCGGUGCACUCGAAGCAGGCUUCUUUCCUGCGUCCGUCUAUCUGAUAUCAACAUGGUACACACGAUAUGAUAUCCAGAAACGCUAUGCUGUGUUUUAUCUCCUUGGUUGUGUCGCGUCUGCUUUCACGGGAAUUCUAUCUUACGGGCUGACCUUCAUGCAUGGGCUAGGUGGCCUUACGGCUUGGCGAUGGAUCUUCGUAAUCCAAGGCCUAAUAACAUGCAUUGUAGCCUCAAUAAGCUGGUUUGUUUUGAUCGACUUUCCCGAUCGCAUGAAAGAUAGCAAGCGAAAGUUCUUGUCCAACAGCGAGUAUGACUUCAUCAUGCGCCGCAUUACCAAAGACCGAGCCGAUGUUGUUGUGGAGCCUUUCAGCUUGAAUAAAUAUUUGGCCGCGGGAUUGGACCUUAAUAUCUGGAUAUUUGGUCUGAUCUAUUAUGCGCAAACCACGACUGCAUAUGCCUUGUCAUAUUUUUUGCCCAUUAUUCUCCGGCAAGGGAUGGGAUUUUCAUUGGGUGCUUCGUUGUGUUUAUUUGCGCCACCAUAUGCAGCUGCUGGAAUUGUGAUGUACGCAACAUCGUGGAUUGGUGAUCGGUAUCAUAUCCGUGGGCCGAUUGUUGUUUUCAAUGCAAUGCUCACCCUCAUCGGACUUGCUUUGAUGGGGUUUACCGCCAAUAAUGCCCCGCGCCUGAUAGGCUGCUUUCUAACCACAAUGGGAGCAAACUCCAAUAUUCCUGCUGCCAUGGCAUAUCAGGCAAACAACAUCCGUGGCCAGUGGAAACGGGCUAUCUCUAGUGCAAUCUUCGUCGGACUAGGUGCGUCUGGUGGAAUGACAGGAUCCCUGGUUUUUCGAUCGCAAGAUGCACCUACAUAUCGUCCUGGUAUUAUCACCUGCAUUAUAGCUACGGCACUAAGUAUUGUUCUGGUUGGAUUAAUGUCGAUUCGCUUCCACUUUCUCAACAGACGGGUUGAUCGUGGUGACUUGGUUAUCGCUAAUCUGCCUGGGUUCAAGCACACAUACUAA